UUGCGCGACACACCCAAAAAUCAUGUGAUUGCAUGGAGCUGUAGUAACAAGGAUCUCAAAACGGCCUUCAGCUUUGGUAAAAUGGCUCAAUCUAGAUCUGGAGGCUAUGACUACCAGUUUGUGGAUGAGCCCUCUGAUAACCUCAAGUGUCUGAUUUGCCUGUGUGUGGCCAGGGACCCUCAACAACAUGGGGACGGGGGCUGUGGGAAAAUAUUCUGUACUAGCUGUAUCGACCAGUAUAAGAUGAGAAAUAACAAGUGCCCAAACUGUCGAAAAGUUAUGACUACCUUCAAAGAUGAAAGGAGCAAUAGGGACAUCCAGUCAUUGAAAGUUAAAUGCACCAAUCGUACCGACGGUUGUCAAUGGGUGGGUGAGCUACGACAUGUGGACGAGCACUGCAACACCUGUGACUAUGUCAAGCUGCCCUGCCCUAAUCAGUGUACAACAAUUUUUCACAGAGUAAUUAAAGCAACGCAACUGUUUCGUAAAGAUCUCCAGAAGCACCUUGAUCACGAGUGUCCACGUCCUCGGUACAGCUGUCCCCACUGCCAGGAGACUGUUAAGUACCAAGGUAGAAUACACACUCCUAUCUGUCCUAAGAUGAUCAUUGAGUGCUCUAAUACUCCUCACUGCAAGGCAAAGUUUCCAAGAGAAACUAAACACGCCCAUCUCUCCACCUGCCAGUAUCAAGUGGUUGGCUGCAAAUACAGUGAGUUUGGGUGCAAAAAAAUGCCAUUUCGAAAAAAUCUUCAAGAACACGAGAACGACGACAAUGCACACCUCCGUAUUGCCAUGAACACGGUACUGUUACUAAAUACACAAUGCACACUACUAAAGAAACAAUGCCUGCUAAACACACAGUUGCAUUGCUCUAACAUGAAGGAUCAGCUAGGCCUUAUUAAGAUAUUCAAGAUGCCCUCUUUUAAAGGAAAACAAACAAACAAUAACGAAUUUUUCAGCGAUCCAUUCUAUACCCACCCCAGAGGAUACAAAGUAGUUAUCAACAUUGACACAAAUGGUUACGAUGAGUGCAAAGGCACUCAUGUCUCAGUGUGGGUUUAUCUAAUGAGGGGAGAAUACGAUGAUCAACUCGAGUUCCCAUUCAAAGGCACUAUCAAGUUUGAGCUACUCAAUCAGCUAGAGGAUGAGAACCAUCAUUGUGAAUCAUACACGCAUGAUGGCACACUAGAUUGUAGCAAGAGAGUAAUCGAUGGAGAGAGGUCUGAUACUGCACGAGGUGUGCAAGCAUUCAUCCCUCACGAAGACCUAGGACACAACGCCACCAAGAACUGUCAGUACCUCCAGGAUGACUGUCUAGUGUUUCGAAUCUCUGUUGACGUACCAUCCUACAAGCCAUGGCUACAAUGCACCAACUAACUGGCUAAUAAACGAACACUAUUAGUAUAUGUAAAACUCGUUAUACAAUAUAGUAUCGUGUGUGGUAACUAGAACAAAGGCUGAGUAAAAAUAACGUACAUCUUAAAUUGUUAUACUUAAUUCAGAAAAUGUGUUGUUUUUAUUUACAGUCGACCAAUAAUAA